CAGGUGCUCAGCUCCACUCCUGGGCGCUAAGCUAUUUAUCCGGUUAAAUGCCUGGCUUUUGAAGGGACACGCACACAAUGGGCCCUACCCCGAGAACAAAAGCACAAUGUCUCCUUAUACAUCAAAGGGCAGCCUGCUUGGCACAGGUAGGCCCUGCCCCUCCUCCCUCCCUGUUGGCAGGGAGGGGAAGAGAGGCAGCAGUGCCAGCACCCCACCCCAAUGGUCUGAACCUCCCUUUCUUGCAGGGCAAGGCCGCCUUGCACCCAUGGGCGACUGGCACCUGCUUGGGAGGCUGCUGGAGAGUGCACAGGAACACUCCACGGUGGUAGGCAAAGUCUGGCUCACUGUCCUCUUCAUCUUCCGCAUCCUUGUCCUAGGGGCAGCAGCGGAGAAGGUGUGGGGGGAUGAGCAGUCCAACUUCUCCUGCGACACCAAGCAGCCCGGCUGCCAGAGUGUCUGCUACGACCAGACCUUCCCCAUCUCCCACAUCCGCUUCUGGGUGCUGCAGAUCAUCUUCGUCUCCACGCCCAGCCUCAUCUACCUGGGCCACAUACUGCACUUGGUGCGCAUGGAGGAGAAAGAGCUGGGGGCCUCCCCAGGGGUUCAGGUGGAGGUCAGCAGCAGCCCAGCAGCUCAGCCCAGGCCUGGCACAGCCCCUGUGCGGGACGCCUGCGGAAAGAUCCGCCUGCAAGGAGCCAUCUUGCGAACGUACUUCUGCAAUGUUGUCUUCAAGGCUCUCUUUGAGGUGGGCUUCAUCCUGGGCCAGUAUGUGCUGUAUGGCUUUGAGUUGAAGCCCCUCUACACCUGCAGCCGCUGGCCCUGCCCCAACACGGUCAACUGCUACAUCUCCCGGCCCACUGAGAAAACCAUCUUCAUCCUCUUCAUGCUGGCCGUCGCCUGCCUCUCCCUCCUGCUCAACAUGGUGGAGAUGUACCACGUGGCCACCACUAAGUGCAGGCAAGGUCAUGAGCCCAAACUCAGCCCAGAAGGGCAUCUGGAAGGAGAGCCUGCCAGCCACAGCCGCCGCCACCACCUGCUUCACUGCCCCAGUGCUACGCCUCCCAGCAGUCCCUCUCUGCAGCCUGCAGAGAAAGCUAGUCCACAGAUGGAAGGAGCGAGCGAGAGCCCCGCUUGGGGCGGAGGGCAGAAACGAGGGAGCAAGUCCAGCAAAUCAAGCAACAAGUGGAGGUCUAGUGACCUGGCUGUUUAGCCAUGGGACUUUGCUAACCUCGCACUGGAUAGCAAGACCCAAGCAUUCCCAUGGGCAUUAGAUGCACCACCAAGUUGAAAUCCCUACCCCAGUGCCUGACCAGAGAAAGAGAGGGAAUUCCUGGGCUGGAGGAAAGGUAGCCUGUACCUUCUUAGGAAUUAAGAAGCCUCAGACUUCUCUCCUUUGCCUCCCAAGCCUGCCCUUUCAUCAGAGAGAAACUCUCCCACACUAGGAGAAGCAGCAGAGACUUCACAGCUCCCUUUCCAAUGAAGAAGGGGGACUCUUGAGGGAGCGCCCCAGGCUGGUCCUAAGUCUCGAGACCCUCUUCUCCUAGGCAUCAGCCCCUAAUGCUUGAAGCAGAGACUUCAGCCACUUCCCCUCUCCUUCUGGUAGCAGCUGCUGCAAAGCCACAAGCAGACAAGAGCACUGGGCAUGUGGACAAUGGCCAGUCGCUUUGGAAAAUUCUCUUGGUGCCUGCUGCCCCUUAGUGGCCAGGAAAUGGAAAGAGCUUGCUUCGAGGCUGGCUCAGUCGGAGCAGAGAGCUGAUGCAAUGGGGACCCACAGCAGCCAAGUCAGGGAAGGGGGUGGAGAUCUUCCCCUGGGCGUAUAAAAGUUGGUAAGGCGUGCUGGCUGCCACAUGCACACCCACCAGUGGAAACUACCUCACUGGGACGUGGGGCCUCCAACCCCAUUCUGGUGCACCACCACAUUUUGGGGGCACAGAGACAAGGACCACAACCCUGGAAUAAGAGAUGAAGAGAGACAAGUCGGCCAAGUUUUUGUGCCUUUAUUUGAAAUGAAUGGUUUCCAGAGAGACGCGGGGAGGGCGGGUCCUAAUGCCCUGGGCAUCACUACGACGACAAGACCCGCGGACUGGCUCACUGGCAACAAGGACACAGACAGGGGCUGGGCCAG